UUUGUCCCUCAGAGGCUGCGGCGCUGCUGGCGGGUGCGGGCGGCGCGGCGGGGGCCGGGGUCGCAGCUGGGGCGGCGCAAGUUGGCGUGAGGGUCGCGGCAGGGCCCCCGCCGGUGUGUCGGGAGGGGCGGGGCGCGCUCCGGCUGCACUAUGACUUUGGAGGAGCUGGCUGGAGAGCAGCAGGCGAUGGGCAGGAUGGAGACGGCGGGGAGCGCGCUGGAGGAAGUUCUCAGCAAAGCCCUGACUCAGAGGAGCGUCACCGUCGGGGUCUACGAGGCGGCCAAGCUGCUCAACGUGGAUCCGGAUAAUGUGGUGCUUUGUUUGCUAGCUGCAGAUGAGGAGGAUGAUCGGGAUGUUGCUUUGCAAAUCCACUUCACCCUGAUCCAGGCUUUCUGCUGUGAGAAUGACAUUAACAUCCUGCGAGUGAGCAACCCAGGCCGGCUGGCUGAGCUGCUGCUUCUGGGGGCAAGUGGGGGAGCUGAGCAGCCUGCAGACCUGCACUGUGUGCUUGUCACAAAUCCCCAUGCAUCUCAGUGGAAGGAUCCAGCAUUGAGUCAGCUGAUUUGCUUUUGCCGGGAAAGUCGCUACAUGGAUCAGUGGGUCCCAGUGAUUAAUCUCCCCGAGCGAUGAUGGUAUUUGGAUGAAAACUAAUUGAACAAAAUUGCACUGAAAUUUUGAAAUACUUUAGCGGUUGGUCAGGAAGUAAAUCCCUAUACCUGAUGAAAGGAUUACAAACAACUGAUGUCAAGUGGGUAGACUGAGAUUGAAGAACAUGGUGUGUGGGACUGAAGGAAGUUGACUUUGUAGCCAGAAAGUUAAGGGAAUGAAAAAAGAACCUGUGCUGAAAGAGUUGUAAGCAAGUGUGUCACAAAGGAACUAAAAACCAGGCAGGAAGAUUUAAGAAGCUGCAUGGUUGAGUUACUUUCAAAAUGUACCAAACACGUUGAAGUUUUAAAAGUGCAACUAGUAGUUUCUGGUUUAAAACGCCUUUAACACGAAAGAGCAAAAAGGUUAAUCAAAACUUUUUUAAAAAUGUAUUGUAUUUUGGGAUGUUGAUGCUCAAGGUUUUAUUCUAAGAUAUACUAAGUUAUUUUAUGAUAUUGACAAAGAUUUUAUUUAUGCUAUGAACUUCAGAACCAGAAUACCCUUAAGCAACUGGUAUACAACUACACCACUUGUUUUAAUAAAAUAAAAUAUUAAAACAGCUACAUUAAUAUAAUUUGUUUGAAACUGGAUGGUGUUUAUUUUACUGAAAUAAAAAUUUUAAAACCUCAAAAA